AGAUACAGAAUUAUGUAUGUAUAGUUUUGGAGUCGUAAAAGAUUUUAUUGAACUGUCAGUGAUUACCGCCCGAGAUUGAGAGAUAUAAGUUGCCAUCACGUUCACCGACAAAUUUUAUAUUGUAAGACUGAGAUCUCCUUCUUUUUUACUCAAAACCCUUAUUAAAACUUUCCCAUAUUUUUUCCUAGUAAUAAUCAGCAGAUCUCUUCAAGAAAUUUCAUUCAUCUUCUUCAACUCCAUGUAUACUCCAAAACCCACUUCAAGAUUUAUCUUCUUUGCUCUGAUUCUGACCCUUUUACUCUCCUUUUCAAUCACUGUAUUAUCUUCUGUUGAUGAAGAUGCUGAUGACUUGGAGGGUCUUGAUGAGUUACUAGCAAUAGAUGAAGAAGAACAAGAUCAUGUGCAAUCAUCUGAUACUGAUGUUUUGAGUAGGGCUCAAAGGGUGGUUCUUGAAUUGAAUGGUGAUAAUAGCAAGAAAGUGAUUGAUGGGAAUGAGUAUGUUUUGGUGUUGGGUUAUGCUCCUUGGUGUGCUAAGAGUGCUGAGCUGAUGCCUCAUUUUGCGGAAGCUGCAAUGUCAUUGAAGGAGCUGGGGAGUCAGAUUUUGAUGGCCAAGAUUGAUGCGGAACGAUAUCCGAAAGCAGCUUCUGUUCUUGGGAUCAAAGGGUUUCCCACUUUGCUUCUGUUUGUUAAUGGCACUUCUCAGCCUUUUAGUGGUGGACUUACUUCGGAAGAAAUUGUGACCUGGGCACGAAAGAAGACCGGGGUGCCUGUUGUUAGAGUUAGUUCAGAAAUUGAAGCAAGUGAGUUUGUUAAGAAGCACACUUUGUAUGCAGUCGGGUUCUUUGAAAAAUUUGAGGGGCCCGAUUAUGAAGAGUUCGUAAAGGCUGCAAUUUCUGACAAUGAAAUUCAAUUUGCUGAAACAAGCAGCAUUGAGGUUGCCAGAAUUUUAUUUCCAGAUAUUAAGGCAUCUAAUCAUUUUCUUGGUCUUGUCAAAAGCGAGCCGGAGAAAUUUACGAGUUUUGAGAACACUUUUAAAGUGGACAAUAUUUUGCAGUUUUUAGAUGAUAACAAGUUCCCGUUAGUCACACUUCUAACUGAAAUUAACUCUGCUAGAGUCUAUUCUAGUUCAAACAAACUACAGGUCUAUGUCUUUUCAGAUGUUGAUGAGUUGAAGAAUCUUAUUGAACCACUUCAAAACAUUGCAAGAAAGUUUAAAACACAGAUAAUGUUCAUACAUGUGAACAUUCAAGUGGAAAACCUUGCAAAACCCUUUUUAACAUUAUUUGGACUGGAGGACUCGGAAGACACAGUUGUAACUGCCUUUGAUUACAAGAACGGCUCCAAGUAUUUGCUGGAAGAUCCAACACCAACAAAAACUGAAGAUUUCUGCUUGGGUAUUUUGGAUGGGACUGUGUCACCGUUUUAUAAAUCACAGCCAAUUCCGGAUAAUAAUGAGUCGACCAUUCUUACUAUCGUUGGGAAGACAUUUGACAGCCUGGUUUUGGAAAGUAAUAAAAAUGUUUUUCUUGAGGUACACACUCCAUGGUGCUUCAGUUGUGAAACCACAAGCAAGCAAGUAGAGAAGUUAACCAAGCACUUCAAGGGUUUGGAAACUUUAACUUUUGCACGGAUAGAUGCUUCUGCAAAUGAACAUCCAAAACUACAGGUUAAUGACUAUCCAACUCUGCUCUUCUAUCCAGCUGAGGACAAGACAAACCCUAUUACUCUUCCUACCAAGUCCAACUUGAAGGACUUGGCGAAACUCGUCAACAGAUAUAGCAAAUCCCAUGCCAAAGAUGAGCUCUAAUUUACAGGUAGUGAGUCAGGUAUGAACUGGAAGAGUGAAGUAUUAAAAAAAGAUGUACUGAUAGACUAUGCUGGGAACUAGUUGCGGGUGGGGUAUACAUUUUGUACAACCAAUUCACCGAGUAGAUAAAAAGGAGAAGGUUGAUGAGUGAUUGACCUAUAGAAUAUAGCUGUAUACCUCUUGUAAUCUAAUUUUUAGUUGAUAGGUUUUUAUUGUUCAACCGAAGAUCUGCUCUACUGCAUAUGAACGCGCAGAGACGUGUGAUGGUGUAUGCUGAUGAGUUGUGUAUGUAUAACAACUGCAUACACCUUUUAUCUCAGGUCUAAGGACUUGAAUGAUAGCCCGAAGUGUAAUGGAAAGCAAUUCUGAAUUGAAAUGUUUGUAAACAAAUGACAGAGAGGGAGAUGUUAAAUAUAUUUUCUCAAGCAGUAACAUAUAUACAAGUAAGCUUCUAUUCUUGA